AAGCCUUUCCCUUUGGCGCAGUCGCGGCUUCCGCCGCCGGCCGGCCGCCACAGAGACUAGUGUCUUCGACGUUUUUCGAGGGCUCACCGUAGCGCUUAUGAUUUUGGUCGAUAAUGUUGGUGGAAUUUUUCCUGCAAUCAAUCAUUCACCGUGGAAUAAUGUAACUCUUGCAGAUUUUGUAAUGCCAUUUUUUCUGUUUAUAGUUGGAGUUGCACUAACUCUUGCAUACAAGAGAGUAUCAAACAGAGCUGUAGCUACAAUGAAGGCUAUGCUUCGAGCGCUCAAGCUGUUAAUCCUUGGUCUUGUGCUUCAAGGUGGCUACUUCCAUGGUGUCAAUAACUUAACUUAUGGUGUUGAUCUUUUGACCAUGCGCUUGAUGGGUGUGCUGCAGAGAAUUGCAAUUGCAUACCUAUUGGCAGCAAUAUGUGAAAUUUGGCUCAAAAGUGAUGAUGAGGUUAUUUCUGGAUGGUCUUUGCUCAAGAGAUACCGAUUUCAAUUGUUGGUGGCCUCGAUACUUUCUGUGGUCUAUAUCACCCUCUUAUAUGGUUUAUAUGUUCCUGACUGGGAGUAUCAGAUAUCAGUGCAAGGAUCAAUCAAUUCAUUCUCAGUGAAAUGUGGAGUCAGAGGUGACACAAGUCCUGCUUGCAAUGCUGUUGGAAUGAUUGACCGCAACAUAAUGGGCAUUCAACAUUUGUACAAGCGACCUGUUUAUGCUCGGACAAAGCAAUGCAGCAUCAAUUCUCCAGCUAAGGGACCGCUUCCAGUAGAUGCUCCCUCAUGGUGUCAAGCUCCUUUUGAUCCUGAAGGCCUUCUAAGUUCUGUGAUGGCAAUGGUCAGCUGUUUGAUAGGUUUACAGUUUGGGCAUGUUAUCGUUCAUUUGCAGGAUCAUAAAGAGAGGCUUGUGCACUGGAUGGUGCCAUCCUUCUCCCUUAUGGCCUUAGGCUUUUCCCUUGACUUUUUUGGUAUGCAUAUAAACAAGGCUCUCUACACGUUCAGUUACACAUGCCUCACUGCCGGUGCAGCUGGGCUUCUUCUUGCAGGAAUAUAUUUACUUGUUGAUGUCUAUGGCAUCAGGAGACCGACCUAUGUAUUCGAGUGGAUGGGCAUGCACGCUCUCAUGAUUUAUGUCCUAGUAGCAUGCAACAUUGUCCCUGUUUUACUCCAGGGUUUCUACUGGAGAGAACCCAAGAACAAUCUUCUGAAGUUGGUUGGAGUCUGAAGACCUGUGGCUUUCUGUGUUGUCUUCAUAUCUGGGGAAUAUCUAUUACUGUGUGGCCGGCCUCAGUUUUGUACAUGUGAUAGGGACAAUGGCGAUCAUAUAUAUAUAUAUGGAUAUGCAACGGCUGCAAAGGGUAUCCAUAGUUCGGCCACAAGGGGGGAGCGCUCGAGAUAGGAAAUAUUUUGUUCUCUUCGAGCUUUGUAAAGUCCUGAUUCUAGAGUUUAGAGAUACAGUUUAGUUAUCAAUCAUUUCAUGGGCAUACAUUACAUAUUUAAAAGCAUAUAGCACAACAUUAAUCUUGUUA